AUGGCACCUCCUGCUCUCGACAUAAGUAAUACCAUAGCAUAUACCGCUACUGUAUUCGGUGCUGUUGCUUUAAUAUUAGCAUGUAUUGGCAUCGGGACGCCAAAUUGGCAGACAACCUAUUCUGACUCCCCAUCGAAUCGAAAUAUAUCCACGACAAUUAAUUUUUAUUACGCUUGUUCCUAUGUAGCUGGCUUUCCAAGCGUCUGUUAUAAUAGAGCGACCCAUAGGCAACCACCGUACAGUCCUAAUUCAAAUGAUUAUUAUCAACGUCAACAAAACGCAGCUGGUUUAGCUAUUGUCGGUAUUCUAUUUCUCGCAUUUGGAACAAUAGCAACACUGUUAAUGGCUCGUGAUGUCUUUAAAGCUAAUGUAAAACAUCUUAAUUUCCUUCCAGCAGCAUUGUUAUUUCUUGCCACAUUAUUCAUGCUUGCUGCAUUAGCUGAAGGCUCAAGAACAAUGAUGUAUAAUGAUUAUUCGGCUAAUUUAUAUGCAACAGGGCAUUUGUUAACAAUAAUUAGUCUACUUUUCAGUUCGUUUGCCGGUGGAAGAAUACAUGCAGUAAAAAUGCAGGAGGGAGCAUAA